CAAACCCUUUCUCAUAGUCCAACAACCAGCUGAUUACCAACAUGUAAUGCAUGUGCUCUUAAGUUUGAGGAUUUGUCUUCAUAUUUUUCUCACUUGAUAAAGAAACGAGGACAUGGCGGACACGACAGGCUCGGAAAAUGAAGGAGAUCUGCAGGCGCAGAUGGAGGAGGUGGAGGCUCUGUCCUCUAUCUAUGGAGAAGAGUGGUGUGUUAUCGAUGAAGCUUCCAGAAUAUUUUGCAUCAAAAUAUCAAAUGACAUGGAUGAACCUAAACUGACGGCAUGUUUACAGAUCAUUCUCCCUCCUGAUUACCCGAGCGCCGCCCCGCCCAUCUACCAGAUCAACGCUGCGUGGCUGCGAGGCCAACAGAGGGCGGAGCUGGCAAACAGCCUGGAAGACCUCUACGUGGAGCAUGCUGGUGAGAGCAUCCUCUACCUGUGGGUGGAGAAAAUCAGAGAGUUUCUUCUGGAGAAAUCCCAGAGCUCGGAAACAGUGAGUCAGCCAGAAAAUGUCAACAUGACGGCCGAAGAGGAGGACGACAAUGAUGAUGUUCCUGACUUCAGGACGCUCAAGCUGAACACAGAGAACGAACAUCUCUUCAUGCAUCAUGCAGCUGACGAAGAGCUGCCUCCAAUCAAACAUGGAAACACCAUCACAGACCGACGCAGCACCUUCCAGCCUCAUCUAGCACCCGUGGUCACCCCCAGACAGGUGAAAAUGGUUUUGGAGAAGCUGUACGAAAACAAGAAGAUUGCAAGUGCCACUCAUAAUAUUUAUGCAUACAGGAUUUACUGUGAAGACAAGAACAGCUUCCUGCAGGACUGUGAGGACGAUGGAGAGACGGCAGCAGGAGGGAGACUGCUCCAUUUACUGCAGAUCCUGGACGUACGGGACGUCCUGGUGGUCGUGUCUCGAUGGUACGGUGGCAUUUUGUUGGGUCCCGACCGCUUUAAACACAUCAACAACUGUGCUAGAAACAUCCUGGUGGAGGAGGGAUUCACAGCCUGCGCGGAUGAGGCCACCAAAUCUGGAGUCAAGAGCAGGAAGACGAAAAGCAAGAAAACAAAAUGAAUUUUAGGAGAGACAAUGUUUUUAUGACUGUGAUUCAAAUGGAUUAAUUUAAAAUGUUUACAGUACAUCUGAAUGUCUAGUAGUCUUUUGAAAUCUUUGUUUUAUGUGAUUUCUGUAAGAAUGAUUCAUCAGUUCAACUGGGAAGCCUUGAAAAUGAACUGUUCACAGAGUAUUAAAAGAACCACACCAACA